GGCCACAUUAUAAAUCUCCAGGUCCACAAAUAUGCAAGUGAUGCUGUUGAAAAUUGAGACGGAGCAAGAGCGGCAGACAUUUCCAUGGCCUCUCUCUUUAAUGAGCCAAUCAGAAAUUCCAGCAGAUGCUUGCUCACGGUGGAUUGGUUGGUGCUCUUUGGCUGAGCAGAGGAAUGUCUUGGUUAAUCUUAACUGAGUCAAAGGGGAGCGCCUAUAAAGAGAGCAGCUUGGAUGCUCUUCAUGAGUAUGGAUGUCAGGAAGGUAGUAGAAGGCAUCCAGGAUGAGGCUACCUGCUCUGUCUGCUUAGAGAUCUUUACGAAACCAGUGAUUUUAGAUUGCGGGCAUAAUUUUUGUAAUGCUUGUAUUAUCCAGUGCUGGCAAGGCUCUGAGACUGAUGUAUCUUGUCCUCAAUGCAGGCAGACUUUUACUUGUGUAAAUAUCAGGCCAAACAGACAGUUGGGGAAUAUCUUGGGCCUUCUUAAGCAGUGCCGGCUGCAAGACGUAGUGGUUGUGAAAAUGGCUAGUCUGUGCGAGGUCCACCAGAAGCCACUGAACCUCUUCUGCAAGGAUGACCAAGUACUUCUCUGCUACGAGUGUACCAAACUCAGCGCUCAUGCAAGUCACAUUUUUGCGCCUUUGGAACCAGCUGCUGAGACAUACAAGGAUGAAAUCCAAACACUACUGGAAGUUAAAAAGAAGCAGCGAGAAGUGGUUCUGAGCUAUUUCUCUGAAGUGGGGGGACAAAGGCAAAACCUCGUGAAACUUAUGGAAGGUGGAGCCCAGAAGAUCAUGCUAGAAUACAUGCAACUCUGUCAAGUGAUGAAGGGGUUGCAGGCUAACCUAACAGAACUUGCUGCAUCAAUGAGGAAAGACUUAGACAACAAACUUACAGAGUUCUGUGAAGAAAUCACCAGUAUCGAAAAGCAAAUAGCUGAGCUGGAGAGCAAGUAUGAACAGCCAGCUUCUGAAUUUCUGCAGGACAUCAAACAGACCAUCAGCAAAAGCCCUACCAUUGCAACCAAAGGCCAUAAAAGCAAACGUGACUCUGGAUCCAACCAAAGCACAUCCGCACCUAGUACUGUCCGAGAAUCGAAAGCGCGCAAAGCAUGGAGGUUUAGUCGCAGGUUCUCAAGACACCGAUUCUGUCGCUUGCGUGCUGGGCUGUGACGGCUUUGCCUCAGGAAGGCAUUACUGGGAGGUAGAGAUAAGCGCUCGGGGUGGACAGUGGGCUGUGGGUGUUGCCAAGGAAUCUUUCAA